CUUUGUGUUUCAUUCUUUCUUGUGCUGAAGCUGCUUAACGUGGCAAAACUCUCUAGGAUAUAAGUCUCUAAUUGUUGUGGAUGUUCUUCUGUUCUUGUUGUAAUCGUUGUUGGUGCGCUUACUGAACUGCGGUUCUUGUUCUUAACACCGGAGGUGCUGAAUAUUUGUGAAAUAGGGACCAGAUCAUGGCUUUUGAGCCAUUACUUUGGUACUGUCGGCCGGUGGCAAAUGGGGUAUGGACCAAAGCAGUAGAUAGUGCUUUUAGCUCAUACACACCUUGUGCCAUUGAUACUCUAGUGAUCUCCAUUUCUCAUUUGGUUCUCCUUGGCCUUUGCUCUUACCGAGUAUGCCUGAUAAAGAAUAACUCCAAAGCUAAAAGGUUUCAGUUGAGGUCGAAUUACUAUAAUUAUAUGUUGGGGUUGUUGGCUGGUUAUUGCACUGCUGGGCCUUUAUUAAGGUUGGUGAUGGGCUUUUCAAUCUUUAAUCUGGAUGGACAGACAGGAUUUGCUCCUUUUGAGGUAAUUUCUUUGAUCAUCGAGGCUGUUGGUUGGUUCUCCAUGCUGAUAAUGAUUGGCUUAGAAACUAAAACAUACAUUCGACAAUUUCGGUGGUAUGUGCGGUUUGGAGUCAUUUAUGUUUUGGUAGGCGAUGCCGUGCUGCUCAAUCUUAUUCUUUCUGUGAGCAGUUACUACAAUAGAUCUGCUUUGUAUUUGUACAUCAGUACAGUUUGCUGCCAGGUUCUAUUUGGAAUUCUUCUUGUUGUUUAUGUCCCAAAUCUGGAUCCUUAUCCGGGUUACGUUCUGAUGCAAGCUGAGUCUCUUCAUGAUGUCGAAUACGAAGCACUUCCUGGAGAAGAGAAAAUUUGUCCUGAGAGGCAUGUCAAUAUAUUGUCAAGAAUAUAUUUUGGAUGGAUGACUCCACUCAUGCAGCAAGGUUACAGAAAACCCAUCAUAGAGAGGGAUGUUUGGAAGCUAGACACAUGGGAUCGUACUGAAACACUGAUUGAAAAGUUCCAGAGGUGUUGGAUUGAAGAAUCCCAAAAGCCCAAGCCACGGCUUUUAAGAGCCUUGAACAAUAGCCUCGGAGGAAGGUUUUGGCGGGGAGGUUUUUUCAAGAUUGGCAAUGAUCUUUCACAAUUCGUGGGGCCAAUUCUAUUGAAUCAUCUUUUAGAGUCAAUGCAACGAGGCGAUCCAGCUUGGAUUGGUUACAUAUAUGCCUUCUCAAUUUUCAUCGGGGUGUCACUAGGUGUGCUCUGCGAAUCUCAGUAUUUUCAGAAUGUUAUGCGUGUUGGUUUUCGGCUGAGGUCAACUUUGGUGGCUGCUGUAUUCCGCAAAUCUUUAAGAGUAACCCAUGAGAGUCGCAAGAAGUUCUCAUCUGGAAAGAUAACCAAUAUGAUGACAACUGAUGCCAAUGCACUUCAGCAAAUAUGUCAACAACUCCAUGGAUUGUGGUCAGCUCCAUUUCGAAUCAUCAUAGCUAUGGUCCUUCUUUAUCAGCAACUAGGUGUUGCUUCACUUCUUGGAUCACUAAUGCUCGUUUUCAUGGUCCCAAUACAGACCUGUGUGCUUAGCAAAAUGCGGAAACUAACCAAGGAAGGACUACAGUGGACUGACAAGAGAGUGGGCCUCAUGAAUGAGAUUUUGGCAGCUAUGGACACUGUGAAAUGUUAUGCAUGGGAGACAAGCUUCCAAUCUAGAGUUCAAAGAAUUAGGGAUGAUGAGCUGUCGUGGUUCCGCAAAGCCCAAUUACUAUCUGCUUUCAACAGUUUUAUACUGAACAGCAUCCCAGUUGUUGUAACAGUGACCUCUUUUGGGUUGUUCACUUUGCUUGGUGGGCAUUUGACCCCAGCACGGGCAUUUACCUCACUUUCUCUGUUUUCAGUAUUGCGGUUUCCUUUGAACAUGCUUCCUAACUUAUUAAGUCAGGUUGUAAAUGCUAACGUAUCAUUGCAACGCUUGGAGGAAUUGUUUUUAGCUGAGGAGCGAGUUCUAAUACCAAAUCCACCUCUUGAACCAGUUCUUCCUGCUAUCUCUAUUAAGGAUGGGUACUUUUCGUGGGAUUCAAAGGCAGAUAAGCCCACAUUAUCAAAUAUCAAUUUGGACAUAGCAGUUGGCAGUUUAGUUGCAGUUGUUGGUGGUACCGGAGAAGGCAAGACAUCAAUAAUAUCGGCAAUGCUUGGGGAGCUACCUUCUGUGGGAGAUUCAAGCAUCGUAAUCAGAGGAACUGUUGCCUAUGUACCUCAAGUUUCAUGGAUUUUCAAUGCGACUCUACGUGAGAAUAUAUUAUUUGGCUCAGAAUUUGAACCCGGACGGUACUGGAAAUCUAUUGACGUGACGGCAUUACAGCAUGAUCUCGACUUACUUCCUGGCUAUGAUUACACAGAAAUUGGUGAAAGAGGAGUGAACCUCAGUGGUGGGCAAAAGCAGAGAGUUUCCAUGGCUAGGGCUGUAUAUUCUAAUUCAGAUGUAUACAUAUUCGAUGAUCCAUUAAGUGCUCUUGAUGCACAUGUUGCUCGACAGGUUUUUAAUAGCUGUGUAAAGGAAGAGCUGCAGGGGAAAACCCGGGUUCUUGUCACCAACCAGCUACAUUUUCUCCCCCAGGUGGAUAGGAUUAUUUUGGUGUCUGAAGGCAUGGUCAAAGAGGAUGGAACCUUUGAGGAGUUGUCGAAAAAUGGAGUUCUAUUCCAGAAACUAAUGGAGAAUGCUGGAGAAAUGGAAGAACAAGAGGCGGAAAAGGAAGAUGGAAUAAAAUACGAUCAGAAAAGCUCUAAACCAGCUUCCAGUGGACUAGAGAAUGAUCUUAAAAAAGAUACAAGCUGUAAUAAGAAAGGUAAAGGACAGAAAUCUGUGCUUAUCAAACAAGAAGAAAGAGAAACGGGUGUUGUCAGCUGGGGCAUUUUGAUGAGGUACAAAAAUGCACUAGGAGGCCUAUGGGUAGUUAUGAUUCUCUUCAUCUGCUAUAUAUUAACAGAAGUUCUUCGUGUUUUAAGUAGCACAUGGUUAAGUGUUUGGACCAAUCAAAGCACUUCCGAGAGUUACAAACCUGGCUAUUACAUUCUUAUUUAUGCCCUUCUUUCAUUUGGCCAGGUAGCUGUGACACUUGGAAACUCUUUUUGGCUGAUCAUUUCAAGUCUUCGUGCUGCUAAAAGAUUGCAUGAUUCUAUGCUACAUUCUGUUCUUAGAGCUCCAAUGAUAUUCUUCCACACUAAUCCAAUUGGACGGAUAAUCAAUAGGUUUGCAAAGGAUCUGGGUGAUAUAGAUCGCAAUGUUGCCAAUUUUGUGAAUAUGUUUCUGGGCCAAGUAUGGCAGCUUCUUUCAACUUUUGUUCUGAUUGGCACCGUAAGCACGAUAUCCCUGUGGUCCAUAAUGCCGCUUCUGAUCUUGUUUUAUGCAGCAUAUCUGUACUAUCAGAGCACAUCCCGUGAAGUGAAACGCUUGGAUUCCAUUACCAGAUCCCCUGUUUAUGCACAAUUUGGAGAAGCAUUAAAUGGUUUGUCAACCAUUCGUGCAUAUAAAGCAUAUGACAGGAUGGCCAACAUUAAUGGGAAGUCAAUGGAUAAUAAUAUCAGAUUCACUCUUGCAAAUAUUAGUUCAAAUCGUUGGCUCACCAUAAGGUUGGAAACAUUAGGAGGCAUCAUGAUUUGGUUGAUAGCAACCUUUGCUGUCUUACAGAAUGCAAGAGAGGAAAACCAGGUGGCUUUUGCUUCUGUGAUGGGUCUACUUCUCAGUUAUACAUUAAAUAUAACAAAUCUAUUGAGUGGCGUUCUGAGACAAGCAAGUAGAGCUGAAAAUAGCUUAAAUUCUGUUGAGCGUGUUGGCACAUAUAUUGAUUUGCCUUCUGAAGCCCCAACUAUCAUUGAGACCAACCGUCCCCCACCUGGUUGGCCUUCAUCAGGAUUGAUUAAAUUUGAGGAUGUUUUCAUGCGCUACAGGCCUGAACUUCCUCCAGUCUUACAUGGAUUGUCCUUUACAGUUCCUCCAAGUGAAAAGCUAGGAAUAGUUGGAAGAACAGGUGCAGGGAAAUCUAGCAUGAUUAAUGCACUAUUUCGGAUUGUAGAAAUGGAAAGAGGGAGAAUCUUGAUUGAUGGCUGUGACAUUGCUAAGUUUGGACUAACAGAUUUGCGGAAAGUUCUUGGAAUCAUUCCACAAUCACCGGUUCUAUUCUCAGGAACCGUGCGAUUAAAUCUUGAUCCUUUCAGUGAGCACAGUGAUGCUGACCUUUGGGAGGCUUUAGAAAGGGCACAUCUAAAGGAUGUUAUCAGGAGGAAUUCUUUAGGUCUUGAUGCUGAGGUCUCAGAGGGAGGAGAAAACUUCAGCGUUGGACAAAGGCAGCUGCUAAGUCUUGCUAGAGCAUUGUUGCGAAGAUCAAGAAUUCUAGUUCUUGAUGAAGCAACUGCAGCUGUUGAUGUUAGAACUGAUGCACUUAUUCAGAAAACCAUUCGUGAAGAAUUCAAAUCCUGCACAAUGCUCAUUAUUGCUCACAGGCUAAAUACUAUCAUCGACUCCGACCGAAUUCUUCUUCUUGAUGCUGGUCAGGUUUUAGAAUAUGAUACACCAGAGGACCUUCUAUUGAAUGAUGGAAGCGCAUUCUCCAGGAUGGUCCAAAGUACAGGCCCUGCAAAUGCACAGUAUUUACGUAGCUUAGUACUGGGAACUGGUAAAGAAGACAAGUCCAGCAGUGAAGAAAGCAAGCAACUAGAUGGCCAGAGGAGACGGCUGGCCUCUUCCCGCUGGGCUGCUGCUGCUCAGUUUGCCUUAGCUGCCAGCCUCACUUCUGCAUGGGACGAUCUUCAGAGGUCAAACUUUGAAGACAUCAACAACAUACUCAUGCAAACAAAGGAUGCAGUUAUAACACUGGAGGGAGUUUUGGCGGGGAGGCAUGACAGUAACAUAGAUGAGACGUUAAAUAUGUACCAUGUUUCCGCAGAUAGAUGGUGGUCUUCUCUCUACAAAGUUAUCGAAGGUCUCGCUGUGAUGAGCAGGUUAGCCAACAACAGGCAUCAACAAUUAGGAUGUGAUUUUGAAGACGGACCUUCUUUAGAUUGGGACCAUGUUGAAGCGUAGGACCAAUGUCAAUUCCUUACUUACAAUGUCUUGAUGCUUGAAAAAACAGGAAUCAGUAACGUAAAAGCUCCAACUUAUAAUCAUUUAUGUAAAAUAAAACAGCUGGUUCUGCUUUUUGUUAUGGAAAAGGAUAGCAUGUCCUUCAUUU